AAAAGAACCCAUGUUACCAAUUUGCCACACCAUCUCUUUCUCCCUCUCUCAAGAAACACAAAACCCGUUCGCAUGGCCAAACCUCAAGAAAAACAAGCCUUCCCAAUAACAACCACCACACCACCCAUAAUUGAACACCAGCAAGAAGGCUUCGACAUGGACGACGACUACCCGGAGACCUCCUCGGCCACCGGAUGCGGCUGUUUCCGGCUCUUCCGCUUCUAUUGCAGCGGCGGUGGAGAAGACAGCUGGCGUCUGUUGAAUAACCAAAGAGGAGAUCAUCAUCAUCAGCAGCACAAGGAAACCACAUGGCUGGAAAGCAAGCUGAAAGACGCGAAGGAGUUUUCGGAAGUGGUUGCCGGGCCCAAGUGGAAGAACUUCAUCAGAAAACUGGGUAAGUUGUUUCACAAGAAGGAGAAAAGGACUACUCGGCAAUAUGAUCCCUAUAGCUAUGCUCUGAAUUUCGAUGAGGGAGAAGAGGACGAUGAUGAGUAUUUGGGUAAUGGGUAUUCGUCUAGAUUCGUCGCAGGCCCUUAUUCCGGUGAUCAAGAACGGCGGUCUUCGGUGGUGUUGUGAUAUUUUGGUUUAAUUUGCUCUACGUACAAUUGGUGUGGUGCUCAUCGUAUUCAUGUCAUGAAUAUUAAUUGUUUCAUUCUUUUAUUUGGAUUAUAUAUCAAUUUAUAUGCAGAAGAGUUAUUAUGCUA